AUGUUCCUCCUCCCCUCCCUCGUCUCCACUCUCACAGUCCUCCUCCUCCUAAGCACCCUGCUGCUUGCAGCAACAGAAGACUACUACAACCUCCUCGGCCUCUCCAAAACCGCCUCAGACCGCGAAAUCAAACGCGCUUACCGCACCCUCUCCAAGAAAUACCAUCCAGACAAAAAUCCCAACAAUUCCUCCGCACACGCCAAAUUCGUGGAAGUGGCCGAAGCCUAUGAAGCACUGUCAGACUCCAAUCUGCGCAAAAUCUACGAUCAGUACGGCCACGAGGGACUGAAGCAGCAUCAGCAAGGGCAACGUGGCGGCGGAGGGCAUCAUGAUCCAUUUGAUCUAUUCUCGCGGUUCUUUGGUGGUGGAGGGCAUUUCGGGCAUGGAGGUGGACAGCGACGUGGGCCAGAUAUGGAGGUGAGGAUGCAGCUGCCACUGAAGGAUUUUUAUAAUGGACGGGAAACGGAGUUUACGGUUGAGAAACAGCAGAUCUGUGAAGAUUGUGAAGGGUCAGGGUCGGCAGAUGGGGUGGUGGAGACUUGUCAGAAAUGUGGCGGAAGAGGGGCAGUGAUUCAAAAACAUAUGCUUGCGCCGGGGAUAUUUCAGCAGGUGCAGAUGCAGUGUGAUGGGUGUGGGGGGAAGGGAAAAAGUAUUAAGCAUGCGUGUCCGGUUUGUGGAGGUGCGAGGGUGGUCCGGAGGCCGGUGACGCUGACGGCCGUGAUCGAGAAGGGAAUGCCCAAGGGGACGCGGCUGAGGUUUGAGAACGAGGCUGAUGAGAGUCCGGACUAUGUGGCGGGGGAUAUGGUCUUGACAUUACAAGAACAGGAGCCGAAGCUGGGCGAGGAGGAGUCAGCCAAAACUGACGGCACGUUCUUCAGGAGAAAAGACAACGACCUAUGGUGGAAAGAAGUGCUAAGCCUGAGGGAAGCCUGGAUGGGAGGAUGGACACGAAACCUCACGCAUCUGGAUGGGCAUGUGGUGCGGCUAUCGCGAGAACGUGGUCAGGUUGUGCAGCCCGGCCAAGUGGACACGGUAAAAGGAGAAGGUAUGCCAAUCUACCACGAAGGUCACCUGCAUGAGCAUCACGAUGGAGAUGAAUUCGGCAAGCUAUACGUGGAAUACAUGGUAGUGCUGCCGGAUCAGAUGGAGAAACCGAUGGAGAAAGAUUUCUGGGCGCUAUGGGAGAAGUGGAGGUUAAAGAAGGGAAUCGAUUUGGGAAAGGAUAGUGGCAGGCCAAGUGCUGCGCCUCAUGAUGAGCUCUGA